AUGGAGGGACGACCCUUCCGAUUCCUGCCGGAAGAAGUGAAAGAGAUGGAGGAGCGCCUGUUCCCCGUCACCAAACGCAGGCUGGAUCACAUCCUCAUGGAUGAGCUCGCUGUGAAAUUUAGCUACUUCCGGGGCCUUGCUGGCAUGACUCCCGUCAAGUCAAAGCAGGUGCUCAACUGGUUUCAUAACAAUUGUAACAAGCAUUGCCCCAAGAUAGCCAGGGAAGCACAUGCUCCGGUGGUGAGCACAAGGGAGUUUUAUUGGGCCAAUCAUCAGCAAGCUCGAGGCUCCUCCCUCAGCAAGUUGAAGCCAACAGUCACUACGCACGCAGGAUCUUCGUCUUCCUCAGGGAAUAAUUAUAUCGAUGAUCACACCAAGUAUGAAGCUAAGUCAGCUAGAGAUGGCGCUUGGUUCGAUGUCCAAGACUUCGUGGCUCAAAGGUUUUGCAAAUCAGGUGAUUUGAAACUGUUGGUUCAUUUUUCUGGAUUUGGAGCAGAGGAAGCUGAAUGGAUCAAUGCUCGUACAUGUUUGCGGCAACGCUCAGUGCCAUACAAGGCCACAGAAUGUGCAAAUGUUCAUUGUAGGGACCCUGUUCUUUGUUAUAAGGAAAGUGAACAGAGUGGUCUCUAUUUUGACGCUGAAGUGCAUGCUAUUGAAAGGAAAACGCAUCAUUCAGGAGAAGAAUGUGAUUGUAAAAUCCUUGUUCUUUAUGUGCAUGAUAAUUCUGAGGAUAUUGUUUCACUGAGGAAGUUGUGCCGUCGAUAUGUAGGAGAUGACUACAAACCUCAAACUUCAUAUGAGCAACUAAAAGGAAAGUAA